AUGAGAACUCAUCACUGCCUUAUUAUUAUUCUUAUUGCUCCUCUCUCCGCCUUCUUUGCGGUCGCGGACCCCUGGUCGGGGUCAGCGACUCUAAUAUUUAAAGUCGACCUAGAUGUCGACAGUCCUAAGGUGAUUAUGAUUGCGAAAUUUGCAGUUGAUGAGCAAAACAAGAGAUCUAAUACAAACCUGAAUCUAAUGCGUGUCGUUAGUUGCACGGAAGACUUCCACUUAAUUGGUGGCCUCUUCUUCCUUGAGCUGUUGGCAGACAAUGGAAUACAGAUUAAUAAGUACACGGCUAUGGUGCUUGAGAGGCCAAAUUUUCGGUUUACUCUAAGGCCACUUGAGUACGAACUAACAAGUUUUGAACUUGCACCCUAUCCCCUUCAAUAA